AGCGAGUUGAACCGAGCCACCCAUCACAUCAACUCUACAAUGGACCUAAUAAUUAAACUAAACUUAUAUUUGUAACUUUAUCUUGCAUAAUUUUCAUAUUAUAAACUUUGCGUGGCCUCGCGGGCGUAGCGCUGAAUACGUCAGUUUUAAUAAUAAAUCGUUUGCCUAACAUUGACUCGGCUGGUCCCGCAGCCAGCUGUAAGUUAACUUACUCUCGUUGUUUCUUCAUUCAUCAAAGCUUUAUCCAGCUCGUAUCUGGACUCUUUCAGCUUUCCACGAAACUCGCCUAUUUGUCUCUUUAUUUUUUCCGUCCUUGUUCACUGUAUCCCUGCGGCCUCCUCCAGCUUUUGAUAUUCUGGACAGGAUUGGGUCGCCACCCCUUGUCACAGUGCCAUGGCUGACAGCAGCAUAGUUACUUUGGGGACGGGCCGUAGCCUGCUGGUGGACUGCUCCGUAUUUGACUCCCGGAUGGCGGAAACCUCCAAGGAGCAGUUUUUUAUUGAGGAGUCGCAGGAUGUUUUGCCUCGAGUUGAGACCAGGGUGGUGUUGGUGGGCGAGGCCGGCAAUAUCGCAGAACUUGAGAAAGCUGUAGAGGCCAUCACAAUAAUGGAAGUCCCGGUGGUUAAGAUUAAGGAAGGCCUGCCGGGCACUGAGGCGCGUGAGAAAUUGAUAAAAUCUAUAGUCAAUAUGGAUAUAAACACCCCCUGUAUCAAAACCGACAAUGUCAAAGAAUUUGGCGACGGGGAGAAUUGCGAGUUCGAGAACGUGUUUGUGCUGAAAGACUUCCGGGCUCCAGAAUACAGCUACUUGUACAAGAAUGACAGCCGUAUCCUGGGGCCUCCGGCGGUGAUGUACUGCGCCAGCAAGGGAGAGCCUCUGCCGUUUUCCUCACGGCCUCUCUACUCAAUGACCAUGCUGAACUUAUCUCUGUGCUUCACUGGUUUCCGUAAAAAAGAUGAAGUGGUUAACCUCGUCAAUCUGGUCCAUCACAUGGGCGGGGCAAUCCGAAAAGACUUUGACAGCGCUAAAGUCACACACCUCAUCGCCCAUUCCACACACGGUGAAAAGUACAGGCUGGCGGUGUGCAUGGGCACACCCAUCCUUACCCCUGAGUGGAUACGCAAGGCUUGGGAGCACAGAAAUGACAUCAAUUUCCACGCAAGCAACGAGGAUUUCCGCACCGAGUUCAAAGUUCCUCCGUUCCAGGAUUGUGUGCUGAGCUUUCUGGGUUUCUCAGAGGAGGAUAAAACAAACAUGGAGGAAAGGACACAGAAACAUGGUGGUCGGUUUCAGGCAGUGUGUGAUGAAAAAUGCACACACUUGGUUGUUGAAGAGAACUCCAUUAAGGAAUUGCCCUUUACCCCCCCGAAACGGCUGUAUGUAGUGAAGCAGGAGUGGUUUUGGGGAAGCAUACAGAUGGAUGCCCGUGCCGGCGAAUCAAUGUACUCUUAUGAAAAGCCAGAGAGCCCUGCGAUGAAAAAAGCGGUAUCUCUGCUGUCUCUCACGACGCCCAACAGUGGCAGGAAGCGUCGGCGUCUCCGAGAAACAUUGGCUCAACUCACUAAAGAAACAGAGAUUUCCCCUUUCCCCCCACGCAAGAGACCGUCGGCAGAACAUUCCCUCUCCAUGGGCUCCCUGCUUGACAUUUCCAACACACCUGACACCUGCAAAUCCGGUGGAGAACGCAGGUACAGGAGAAGCAGCAGCAGUAGGAGGAGGAGGAGUGUGAGGAAGAGUAGAGCAGAGGAUGCACAGCAGCGCACCAGCACUCCUGUGUGCGGACUGGAACACCAGACAGACAAUAUCAAACCUCCCAAGAGCUCAACACCUUCGCUGCCCAAGCAGUCAGCAAGAUGGCAAGUCUCCAAAGAGCUCUACCAAACCGAGAGCAACUACGUUGAUAUCCUGGCCACGGUCCUGCAGCUCUUCAAAUACCCGCUGGAGAAAGAAGGGCAGGUGGGCGGCCCGAUCCUGGCUCAGGAGGAGUUCAAGACCAUCUUUAGCAGUAUUCCAGACAUCUAUGAAGUGCACACCAGAAUAAAGGCGGAUCUGGAGCGGUUGGUGAUGAACUGGUCUGAAGAGAAGAGCGUCGGAGACAUUAUCCUGAAAUAUUCUAAAGACCUGGUGAAGGCGUACCCGCCAUUUGUCAACUUCUUUGAGAUGAGCAAAGAGACCAUAGUGAGAUGUGAGAGGCAGAAGCCGAGGUUUCACGCGUUCCUGAAGAUUAAUCAGGCUAAACCCGAAUGUGGCCGGCAGACCCUCGUCGAGCUUUUGAUCCGUCCUGUCCAGAGACUGCCGAGUGUGGCUCUCUUGCUGAAUGAUAUAAGAAAACACACAUCAGAUGACAACCCAGAUAAAGUGACCCUGGAAAAGGCCAUCGAGUCUCUCAAGGAAGUCAUGACGCACAUAAAUGAGGACAAGAGGAAAACAGAAGGACAGAAGCAGAUCUUUGAUGUUGUUUAUGAAGUGGACGGAUGCCCUGCCAAUCUGUUGUCGUCACACCGGAGUCUGGUUCACAGGGUGGAGACCAUCGCUCUUGGAGACAAACCCUGUGACAGGGGAGAACACGUCACACUCUUCCUCUUUAAUGAUUGUUUGGAGAUUGCCAGGAAGAGGCACAAAGUAAUAACCACGUUCAGGAGUCCGUUGGGUCAGACACGGCCGCCGGCCCAGCUUAAACACAUAGCCCUGAUGCCUCUGUCUCAGAUCAGGAGAGUUCUGGACAUCCAGGACUCUGAGGAGUGUCAUAACGCCUUCGCCCUUGUGGUACGUCCUCCUACGGAACAGGAGAACUUGUUAUUCAGCUUCCAACUGAUGGCCGAAGACACCCUCAAAUCUGCCUGGCUCAAGACUCUGUGCCGUCAAGUGGCCAACACGAUCUGCCGAGCUGAUAUGGAAGAUCUCAUUCAGAGCGCCGAUCCUGAAUCCGUCCAAGUGAACACGAAGGACAUGGACAGCACGCUGAGCCGAGCAUCCCGGGCCAUCAAAAAGACGUCAAAGAAGGUCACUAGAGCUUUCUCCUUCACUAAGACCCCUAAGCGCGUGCUUCAGAGGGCGUUUAUGGCCAAUGGUACCCCAGAUGAGAAGAGUCCUGGCCUGGAUGGCAGUCACAUGGGACGAAUGGGAAGCAGCUCCACAUUGUCUAUGUCUCGUUCUGCCUCUACGUUCAGUCUGACCGGCUCUAUUAAAAGUGCAGUGGUUCAGCGGUCAAACUCUCUGGAUCAUGCCCCGAGGCUCCGAGUCCCUGUGUGUGUCCGUACACCUUGUAGUCCAGAGAGGGCUUGUGAACCAGCACCUCCCGAGACCCUGCCCAGACCGUCCAUCCUCUUGCUUCCGGCACCCGAGCCCAUAGCUCAGCCGGGGGAUGGCAGGGAGCUGUUGGCGCCCACGCAGCCUCAACGCAGGGUCCACGGUCCCCCGCGGAGGGAGACCCUACUGUAGGACUCUUAAAAGCGGUUCAUUCCCCGUCCAUGAUCAACCUCUCCUCUGCGUUUGAGAGGAAGUACCACACCUUCAGCCGAUCCACAACUCACCUGUUCUAAAUUCUUGUGUAGCUAUAGUUCUCUCCAGUAUUACAAAUCACCUUCUACACAAUUCUACAAUAUCUGCCUCCCCAGGUUUAAUUCUCAGGUUCAGAAGUUCUCUGCAACCCACUAAAUGAAGGAUGUCAUUGUCUGAGCACAAGAUACAAUAAUAACUGACUUUUAUUAGAGGAGUAGACUUUUCACUCGGUUAUUAAAACCGCUUAAAGUAUUUCUUGAACUUGUAUCCGUUAGGGCCUUAAUCUAAACAAAUCUAGUUUCCAGCUUUUAUAAAGCUAUAGACGUCUGUACUUUGCAUUUAAGUGAGAAAUGCAUAGAGCUGCCAUACCAUGGGCGGGUUCAUAACACGGCCUUGCACGAUUGCAUACUUUUUAGAAGUGAUUUUUAAUGUUGAUUCAUGGGUGUCGGUUUUCUAAAAUGCAAAAGAGUCUCGCAUGCAGGUUGGCGUAUUUAUUUUCCAGAAUCACAAUUUAUGAGUAGUUUAUGUAAUUCCUGUACCUCUUCUUUCUGUCUGUAUUUAUGUGUAAAUAUUUUUCUUUUUGAUUUGCUUCACUAAUAUUUGUUCGUCCUGGUUUGGUUGUACCUUAGUAGUCUCUGCACUUGUGUCAACAAACACUUAUUCAUGUAUAAAGCAAGUUUCACUUCUGUUUUGUUCAGGAUUGACAUAUCUGAUUCCAUAAACGGAGUGGGCUGGUUUUAUGUUCUUGGUCUGACUACUUUUAAAGAUGACUUCAUUUAUUCCUUAUCAAUAAAAGAAGCAAAAGCCUU